AAGAGGGAAGCCAAUCAGAUUGCAGCAUUAAUCCCCUCACAGAACAGAUACAGGGAACAGACACACCUACUCCUAUUAUGGGAUGCAGCCCGAAUAACAAUUUGGCAGAUUAUUAUACAUCAGAUGAAAUAAAAAAGGAGGCGGCUUUAUGUGAAGAGGGAAACCAAUCAGAUUGCAGCAUUUAUCCCCUUACAGAUCAGAUACAAGGAAUGGAUACACACAGUAUGACAUUCAUGCAAUGCAGCCUAAAUUAUAAUCUAUCAGCCACUACCUGGAAUGAAGAUAUUGAGAACUUUAGCAGCACCACCCAGAUACAAACGAUACAAGGUUCCGAGUGCCAUAAAGGCUUCAGAAGGCAGAGAGAUCUUGGGAGACCCCAGAAAACUCACACAGGAGAGAAACCCUAUUCUUGUUCUGAGUGCGGCAAAUGCUUUAGACAGUGCUCCCAGCUCACUGUCCAUCAGAGAACUCACACAGGGGAGAAACCCUACGCCUGCUUCAUAUGUGGAAAAUGCUUCGCUCAGAGCUCUCAGCUUUCUGUGCAUCGGAAAACCCACACGGGGGAGAAGCCCUACUCCUGCGCUGAAUGUGGCAAAUGUUUCACCCAACGCUCCAGCCUCAAAAUACACCAGAAAAUCCACACAGGCGAAAAACCGUACUCUUGUUCUGAGUGUGGGAAAUGUUUUGCUCGCCGGUCACACCUUAUUGUACAUUACAGAGUUCACCAGAAAACAUUUCUUGCUCACACUAAGACGGCCCAUAUGAGUGUGUAGGACGGCCCAUAUGAGAGUGUCGGGUGGCCCAUAGGAGGGUGUAGGAUGGCCUAUAGGAGAGUGUAGGACAGCCCAUAUGAGUGUGAAGGACGGCCCAUAUGAGAGUGUAGGAAGGCCCAUUUGAGAGUGUAGGAAGGCCCAUAUGAGAGUGUAGGAAGGCCUAUAGGAGAGUGUAGGACGGCCCAUAUGAGUGUGUAGGAUGGCCCAUAUGAGCGUGUCGGGUGGCCCAUAGGAGGGUGUAGGAUAGCCUAUAGGAGAGUGUAGGACAGCCCAUAUGAGUGUGUAGGACGGCCCAUAUGAACGUUUAGAACAGCCUAUAGGAGAGCGUAGGACGGCCCAUAGGAGACCGUAGGCGGCCCAUAGGAGAGCGUAGGACGGCCCAUAGGAGAGCGUAGGAUGGCGUAUAGACAUUUUCUAUCACUGCACUUGACCAAUACUUGGGACUUUUGAGAUUACUUUUGGAUAUGAUGAGAAUCGCAAUGAAUCUGCAAAUGUGGGAUCUUUGUACAUGUUGGAAAUUUUAAAUUAAUUUUAUUUUGCAAAAAC